UCCUCCCUUUCUUUUCACUCAUCCUUUCACUCUCUUCCCAUGUUCUCUCUUAUCUCGCGCUCGAAGACCAGACUCAACAAGUCGGACGUUCAGCUUCCUGCGAAACAGGAACCAGACGUCGCUGGCGUCGUCGCGGUCCUCACGGCUGAGCCAGAGCAAACUCAGACAACACCUGCGCUGGAGCUCAGUGCGGCACCCGUUGACGCAUCACUGCAGCCGCAAGCUGAAGAUGCGCGACCAUCCGCGUCGAUAUAUUCCUCGGACGAGCCCCAGGACGCGCCCACGGACGACACUCCGACCUCCACACCAACAUCCGAGGCGCCCCAGGAUGUGGAACCCGAGCUUGAGAGCAAGCCUCAGCCUCCAGUAAUCCAACAUCGUUUCUCCUUCCGUCCACUUACCUUCAAAUUCCUCAACGGCCAGUUGCCGUCACAUGAACACUCCAAGCCUAUCCUUUCUGCAGCAGAGGAGCACAAGAAGAAACUUCAGGCAUCCGAAGAUAGGACGAGGCGUAUCACACGCAUAUCGUACGCAGACAAGAGGGCGAAGGAGUCUGCCAUCGUGGCGCGCUCCCUUAUCAUCGGCCCGGCUGGCAUCACGCUCCCGAAACCGAAACCUUUGUCGAAACCCAAAAUCGACAAAGUCAAGUCGCAGCUCCUGCAGCCGAAAUCCGCCAACCGUGUCAUCGCCCAACUUCGCGCUUUGUCCACCGAGUCUGUACAUGUUGACGGUGGCGCUGCUGCUGUCGGGCCUGCGCCGCCUAUCCGUGCCGUCUGCUUGAAGGUCACGGAUACGGAGGUCGAUGCGCGUCACUUUACCCACGCCGCUGGUGUGGCAAGCGUGUUCAGCGCGUCAGUGGCGCAGCUCAGUGACAUCUUCAGCAAGAUGGAACUCGUGGAUCUUGUCACCGCUGCCAACCUCGGUCUCGGAGCAUCUGCCGACGAACCGGGACUCUUCAGUGGUGCGGUCCCGACAGCGGGGACGAUCAUCGAAGGCAUCGAAAAGGCGACACCACAGCUCAUGGCCCUGGGCUACGCAACAGGGAAGGUUGUACAACCUGACCAUACCGGCAUCUACCCUCCAACUGACCGGAUGUCGGUGAUCACUUACUGGUGGGGUCUUGAGAUCGUCCUACCACCCUCCUCGAUUGCGUGGCUGGGCGGCGUGCCUUCGGUUGCGCACUCGGUCAUCAAUGUUCUGACCGCUCUUGCGGUGUUGAAUGGAGGCGUCGCAGAAAUAAUGCCCUUCGUGCGGUACAUCGCCACUUACAUCGACGCGGAGUUCAAAAUGAUCCAGGGUCAGGAUCGAGGCAAGGGUGUCGUGUGCGCUGCCACCUGGUUGCUCCCUGCCGCGUUGGUUCCUCGACCGUGGGACUUUGCUCCGGCGCCGCCUGUGCAGGUUCCAUCAGCACCUAUCGAGAACCCGGCCAUACCCACCCAUGACAAGCCCGCCAACCCAGAUGUGCCUACUUCGCCGAUUUCACCCUCUGAGGAGCUUUCUGAGUCCCGUCCCGCUUCCCCGCCCGCCCUUCUGCCGCCUCUGAACAUACAUAGCUCCUCCUUCAACGAACCAGACGUGAAUACCGCUCCGCCCGUCGAUAACACGCUUGUGGUUUCUGCGGAGAAGGCACCUGAGGCACCUGAGGCAUCUAAUGAAUCGGAGCUGCCUGCAGUCGCCGUCGUCCCGCCGACUCCGACGUCUGUGCAAACUACGACCAGCCAUGAGACUGUUACCGCCGUCUGAGGAGCGUUCCUCGCCGUUCUCUUUUUCUUUUCUUUCACAUGCACAUGCGCCCGGGACAUUCACUGGAGAUACUUUCUCGAACAUGACACACUUGGAUCCGCUGUCAUUUUGUUGUUUGCCGUUCACGACUCAUCACGACCUGUCAUGACCCUCUUGUCUUCUCGUGUUUCCCUGUCGAUACCCCACCCCAGAGCUUGGUACAUUACAGAGUAUAAUGCCUUCAUAGCUAGCUUUUGUCCGAAGAACCCUAUAGCUGUUUUGUGUACCUGCACUCGGUAGCCACAUUCAUUUGGAAUCCAUCAUUCUUUGCAUCCU